CCACAUACGUUUUUGGAAAAUGAUAAAAAACGUAGAUUUUUAUGUCCCUUCCCAAAACGGCUUGUUUUGUGUUCACCUGCCUCCUCAGGCGCUCUCUCUCUCAAGAUGGGAAAGAAGCCUGUUAAAUACUGUGUGGUGGACGCGUUCACCGACUUGCCUUUCAAAGGAAACCCAGCAGCUGUAUGUUUGUUGGAGGAAGAGAGAGACGAUUAUGAGUGGUUUCGAACUGUUGCUGGUGAGUUCAACCUCCCCAUGGUCUGUUUCUUGACUCGGAUCACUGACUUCGAGUCGGAGACUCAUGACUCGUCCCACUCAUCCACGAACGCUCGGUUUCGCCUCCGAUGGUUCAUUCCAGCUACCGAGGUUAAACUUUGUGGUCAUGGAACCUUGGCAGCUUCUCAUUUUCUAUUCACUUCUGGUUUGGUAAAUGCCAACAGAAUAGAGUUUCUGACAUUGUCUGGAGUUUUGAUUGCUAAAAGAGUUCCAGAAUCACAAGAUUGCUUUUUAAUUGAGUUGGAUUUUCCAAAAGUUCCACUUGCUGAUUUUGACUCUGCUGAGGUUCCAUCAAUUUCUAAAGCCUUGGGUGGUGCUUCUGUGAUUGACUUAAAGAUUACGACUACUGAAGAAGACCUCAUUGUUGUGCUGCCGUCGGGAAAGGCUGUUACAGAUCUACUGCCCCAAUUUGAUGAGAUACAACGAUGCCCUGGAAGGAUAGUCAUUAUUACAGGGCCUGCUCCCCCUGGAUCCGGGUUUGACUUUUUUAGUCGCGUCUUUGGUCCUAAAAUGGGGAUCAAUGAGGAUCAUGUUUGUGGGAGUGCACAUUGUGCCUUAGCAACCUAUUGGUCUAAAAAGCUGGGGAAAUGUGAUUUUGUUGCAUAUCAGGCAUCACCUAGAGGUGGCAUUCUAAACCUCCAUUUAGAUGAAAAGAAUCAGAGAGUAUUACUUCGGGGGAAAGCCAUCACUGUAACUGAAGGCUCUCUUUUGGUUUAAUUAGGAAUUACCCAAUCUUUGCAUGUAUUAAGCAAUUGAAAUAAAAGGCUUUUAAUGUGUGGAAGGCGGGCUGUUAAUGUGAGGAAGGCUUGGUUUGAGUUCUGAACGCUUCCAAGUUGACUUUACUCAUUGUACUAGACAUCUUCUGUAAAAUUACAUUUGGCCCUAUUUGACAUAAAUGUACCAGAUUAUUCCCUUUGAAUGUGUGCUAAGAAUUUCAUUCA